AUGUUAGGGAUGUACGUUUCCCUGCUGCUGCUGCUGCUGUGCUUCCUGCUCCUGCUCGUCCUCAGCAGAGCUGGUUCCACUCUGUUGCUCCUUGCAAGCACCUUGCUUGAUGUGGUGUGCGUUGCAACGCGGGUUGAGAAGCUCUGCGACGCGGGCGGUCUAUGUGGGGAGGACUUCACCGAUCCAAGGCGGCAGGCUGCCACGGCGUUCACAGAUCAACUUGUGACCGUCCUGAAGGAGGGGCCCAAGCCGCUCAAGCUCCGCCGGCCUGGCAGCUAUGUGUGGGGGUGGACCAGCACCACCCUUACAGACCGCAUUCUUGACGACUUCCGGGACGACUUCCUUGCUACGAGCAUCUUCGAAAACAUCGAGAACUUGAAGCCGCGCCUGGCAAAGAUCGUUGCGGACUUUGGGGGGUUUGACAAAGUUGCUUCCCUGGUGGGCAUGAAGAGGCACGAAAAGGUCACGGAGGACCUCGUCUUUGAUAAGCUGCGCGGCGCCACUAAGACCAAGUGGAGGAACACACGGCACCUAAAGAAAGGAGGCCACGCAUCUGAGGAGGAGGAAGAGGAGGAGGAGGAGGAGAACACCAAGGCCAACGAGAAGGAGGUCAAGGCCAAAGCUGUCGAAGAUGAUGAUGAGGGCAGCCCACCCAUUGAAAACAUCCAGCCGGAGGCGGCCCCCGACAAUGGCACAGAGCCUGGACCCAGCGGGGACAACAGGGACGCUGGGGCUGGGGCUGCUCUGCCAGCUGUUCACCAGGGCAUGUGGCAGGCCCUGCUGGACGACAAUGACAAAGAGCUGCAACGCUACACAGCUGCUGACGGGCACCUUGUGUACCUGCAAGAAUGUGACCUCGUGGGGAAGACCAAGGGCUGCUUCCUUGUUGGAGCAUGUAAGAAGGAGGACAUCAAGCCCGAGGCUUUGGGGGCUGGAUUACUAUUGGGCGACCUGGAUGACAAGACCGCUGACGGCUGCACUGAUCUCCUGGUGAUUGGCCGCGCCAUGGCAGUCAUCAAGGACCUUGGCACUGUGCACAUUCCCCCGACUGGCCAGUCCUUUGCACUAAACGACCGGCCACUCCGCCUCUUCCAGAAGGUGCGAUGGCCCAUUGUGGGAUUGCUCGCAGUCAAGGGCAAGAUGACCGCAGUCCAGUGGGCCAUGAGGACCACUGGGCUGAGCAAGAAGCAGUUGGAUGCGGUGGACUUGGAGUGAUACACGCCCUGUUAGGAACCACCUUAGGUGUGGGAAGUGUAGGCGGUGUGUGGGGCUGUACUUGGCUAUUGGGCUGUCCUGUCCAUGCGCCUUGUUGCGAGCCCCUCAGCAUAGGCCUUGUGAUCGCGUUCAGGGAUCCAUCAUAACACUCAUUCAUUUGGUAUGCUGCAGUACCAUAUGCAGUUCCAGCAUGGAUCGAGCGUGUGAUUGUAUAUAUGUUGUAGGUAUAAGUGCUGGCAUGGUGGACCUGGACCUCAUAUGUGUGUCUGCCCGAAUGGGAAGGCGGUCUGCUGUGAGAAUCGGGCUCUAGCGAGAUGGUGGCCCUAGGUUUUUGUUGGGCAUACCUCUGUUUGAAGGCGCCCUUAAUAACGGUUUAAGAAUGCUGGGGGACGGAAUGCUUGAGAACACUGUAACAAUGCUGUGAGAAUGCUGCAAGAAUACUUGAGAAUGCUGUGAGAACGCUUGAGAAUGUUGUAAGAACGCUUGAGAAUGCUGUGAGAACGCUAUAAGAACGCUGUAAGAACGCUUG